AUGGCUUCUUCCUGCCCUUCUUUUCCCCCUCUUCCUGCCCCUUCUUUUCCCCCCUUCCUGCCCCUUUCUUCCCCCCCUUCCUGCCCCUUCCUUCCCCCCUCUUCCUGCCUCUUCCUUCCCCCCUCUUCCUGCCUCCCUCUCUCUCUCUCUGCCCUUUCCUUUCCCUUUCUCUCUUCAUGCUCCUUCCCCCCUCUCUUACUCUUUCCUUCUUUUCUCUCACUGUCCCUGCUUUUUCUUCCUCUCUCUCUUGUCCCUGGGAUUUUUCUUCCUCUCUCUCUCUUGUCCUUUCUUCCUUCCUGUUUUCUCUCUAUCACUUUCUCUGCUUUCUCUCUUCAUACCCAUGCAGAUCUUUUUCCUGUAGGUGAGACUUCUCUAUUUUCUCUUUGUUUCUUUCUUUAUCAUUUGUUUUACUUUACUCUUUCAUCCUCUCCUUUUUUUCUACCUUCCUCUCUUUUUUCUACCUUGCUCUCCUUUUUUCUCUCCUUACCCUGCUCUCCUUUUUUUUCUCUCCCUUCCCUGCUCUCCUUUUUCUCUCCUUACCCUGCUCUCCUUUUUUUUUGUUUUACUUUACUCUUUCAUCCUCUCCUUUUUUUCUACCUUCCUCUCUUUUUUCUACCUUGCUCUCCUUUUUUCUCUCCUUACCCUGCUCUCCUUUUUUCUCUCCUUACCCUGCUCUCCUUUUUUUCUCUCCUUACCCUGCUCUCCUUUUCUCUCCUUACCCUGCUCUCCUUUUUUCUCUCCUUACCCUUCUCUCCUUACCCUUCUCUCCUUACGUUGCUCUCUUUUUUCUUCUCCCUUACGUUGCUCUCUUUUUUCUUCUCCCUUACGUUGCUCUCUUUUUUCUUCUCCCUUACGUUGCUCUCUUUUUUCUUCUCCCUUACGUUGCUCUCUUUUUUCUUCUCCCUUACCUUGCUCUCUUUUUUCUUCUCCCUUACCUUGCUCUCCUUUUUCUUCUCCUUUUGCUCUCUUUUUUUCUUCUCCCUUACCUUGCUCUCCUUUUUCUUCUCCCUUACCUUGCUCUCCUUUUUCUUCUCCCUUACGUUGCUCUCCUUUUUCUUCUCCCUUACGUUGCUCUCCUUUUUCUUCUCCCUUACGUUGCUCUCCUUUUUCUUCUCCCUUACGUUGCUCUCCUUUUUCUUCUCCCUUACGUUGCUCUCCUUUUCUUCUCCCUUACCUUGCUCUCCUUUUUUCUUCUCCUUACCUUGCUCUCCUUUUUUCUUCUCCCUUACCUUGCUCUCCUUUUUCUCUCCCUUUACCUUGCUCUCCUUUUUCUUCUCCCCUUACCUUGCUCUCCUUUUUCUUCUCCCUUACCUUGCUCUCCUUUUUCUUCUCCCUUACCUUGCUCUCCUUUUUCUUCUCCCUUACCUUGCUCUCCUUUUUCUUCUCCCUUACCUUGCUCUCCUUUUUUCUUCUCCCUUACCUUGCUCUCCUUUUCCCCCUUACCUUGCUCUCCUUUUCCCCCUUACCUUGCUCUCCUUUUUCUUCUUCCUCACCUUGCUCUCCUUUAUCUUCUUCCUCACCUUGCUCUCCUUUAUCUUCUUCCUCACCUUGCUCUCUUUUUCUUCUUCCUCACCUUGCUCUCUUUUUCUUCUUCCACUUCCUUUUUCUUCUUUUGUUUUCUCUCCUUUUUUCCUAGUUUUCCCUCUUCUUUUCAUCCCCUUUUCCUUCCCCCUUGCUCUCUUCUCAUCCUCUCUUCAUUUUUCUCCCUUUUUUUCUUUUACUAUUUUUUGGGCAGAGGAGGGAGAGUAA